AUGGCUUUCUUCGACAUCGAUUCGGAUGAAGUUGAGGGAAUGCUAGAGGAGUCUGACGCAGAGGUUACUGAACUCCGAGGGUGCGAGACAGCAAUGAGGAAGUCUGAGAGCUUGAGAAGCACCUGGUAUGAUUUCUGGUCCUCAACGACGGCUGUCGCCAACCCUGACCAGAUCUGGUAUGACCUUUGCGAAAAGGGAAAGAGGCAGAUGGAUGCCAUCCGCCUCUGCCAGAAGUUCUUGAGCAUCUACGCGGCGCGCCGCAAGCGGUACCGGGUGGAUCUGGGCCCGAGCGAGAAGAAAGCAGAGCUCCUUGCCCAGAAGAGGAGAGAAGAUCCUGCCAAUUCGGCGCGGUGGAAUCUCAGCUUCAAGGAGGGUCUGUUCUCGCAGAAGGGCGUGGGGCCAGUUUAUGAGCUUAUUCGGUGGAUCGGAGCGGAGUCCGAUAAGAUGGGUCUUUCACGGAAUCAGAUGUUCGUGAAGAAGGAAGCAACAGCUGAGGAUAUUGCACUGAUACUCCAGACUCUGUGGCAACGUGCUGAGGAUAUUCCAUGCACCCCCAUCACUCGGGUAUCUUUUCAUGCUAUGCUUCUAUUGGCUGCUAUUGGCGGCUUUCGUCCUGGGGUUGUCGAGAACGUCAAGUACAAACAAGUCUCCAUCCGGGUGUUACGCCAUCCUAAAACACAUGAAAAGCGACUCGUUGCCACCUUCACCCUGCAACAGAAUAAGCUGCGGCCUGACGCUAUCAAGACGGACCAGAAGGAUGUGAUUGAAUUCUCCGUUACCUUCGUCCCGUAUCGCCUCUUCUGCCCCGCAAGCCUUGUUGUCGCUCAAGGCCUGUCCGAAGAUGCGUUUGAUCCCUCAUUCGGCUCGGCGGAGGAAUUGUUAAAGCGGCCGCUGAUGGAGAAGGGCAUCAAAAGUGUCACGUUAGGUUGGAAAGAGAAACUCCUGGAAAAGGAGAUAUUCCCAAUUUCCUACCGCGAUUUCUGGGAGAUAUGGAGCCGGGUCCUCCUCGUCGCUGGGUUCCCCGAAUCGCUCCGCCCCUACGCGGUACGGGUCGGCGCAGGAAGCAGAAUGAACGGUGCCCUCACUCCUGCGCUUCGGAACUACAUUCUAUCGCACUCAAACACGAUGUUUGAGCGCAGUUACCAGCCGAGACACAUGAAAGAGGACCUCGUCUCAAUCUUAGCGCCCGAAGCGAAGGCAGAGGAUGCCGACGAUCUUUUCCAGAUCCUGCGCAACUCGUCCUUGCGAUGUGAUCAGCUAGCCCCUUUCGAUGUACAUCCCGAAGACAUCGAGAAUUGGAAGAGUACAAGAGAAGAUAUGCGCGCUCUACUCAGCAGCAACGACUACAGAAAGUCGACUCAGAUCCGGGUCCUGACCCAAAAGCUCUCCAGAGCUCGCGUCGCAGAGCAACGCGGCCAGUAUUUCAAAGAAACCAACCGCCGGCGGGCUCUCGGCCAAGACACAGGCGACCUACAAACACCACGCCCGAGGCUGAGAGCGCGUCGUGGCGCAGAGUUCCCGGCCGAGGCCAUCAGCGAGUACUUGAAGCAGGACCGCACGGAUGACUGCAACAAAUUGGAGUUCAUAUACAUCGACAUGUUGGUCGCGUACCUCGAGCAGAGAUCACAGAGUGUACCGACGUGCUUUAUUUGUGCCGGGGCGAGUACUUUGGAAGCUACCGGCAAAACGGGGGACGGAAUUUUCAAGUCUUGGAAGGACGUGUGGAAGCACACCAACAGAGCGCAUCGCAGUGAGCGGAUGUGUCCCUUCUCCUGCCCCGAGUGCGACCGCCUGGGCCAUGGAGAGACCCUGGACCAGAUCGCAGACCUUGGAGAGACAAAGACGGACCAAAGCAAGCCUCCGCUGAUCCAGGGCCCAGAAGAGUGGAGGACUCAUUGCGCAGUUGUCCAUCAGGAUGUCUCUGGCUCGGUGCUGGCCCACUCGAUGAACCUCUCGAGGAAGCAGGCGGAAAUGGACCGGCUUGCGAAGAACCGGGCUCAGACAACUGAACACGCCUCAGAGGCCGAGGAAGAAAGGCAAGGCAAGUCAGAUGCGAGCCAACCUCCGCCGCGCCGCAUUAAGAGGCCCCGGGAGGACGAUGAGCAUGAGAUGGGAGCAAGGAGACGGCGAGAAUUCUAG